CUUCAGCUUCUGGUUUCCAGUUGGAGGGGGUGGGAGUGGGAGGGAGAGGUCUUCGUUUGUCCUGGCUGCUCCCUUCCCGCCUGGGGAAGUGGCGGGACCUUGGCGGCGCCUCAGGCGUGCCCAGUGAGGGACGGCCGGGCCCGAGGGGCCAGGCCUGGCCGCGAAGCGGCGUUGGUAUUGCCAGACUGGGGCUUGGGCCUCCCCUCCUCCAGGACCCUCCCCUCGGGAUCGCGCACGCCGCCGCGGGCGAUCCGGGCCGGCUCUCCUGGCAAGAAAAGGUGGACAAAUCCUAUAUUCAAGAGAAGAUGACUUUUAACAGUUGUGAAGGAUCUAAAACUUGUGUACCUGCAGACAUCGAUAAGGAUGAAGAAUUUGUAGAAGAGUUUAAUAGAUUAAAAACUUUUGCUAAUUUUCCAAGUAGUAGUCCUGUUUCAGCAUCAACGCUAGCACGAGCUGGUUUUCUAUAUACUGGUGAAGGAGACACCGUGCGGUGCUUUAGUUGUCACGCAGCAGUAGAUAGAUGGCAAUAUGGAGACUCAGCAGUUGGAAGACACAGGAAAGUAUCCCCAAAUUGCAGAUUUAUCAAUGGCUUUUAUUUUGAAAAUAAUACUACGCAACCUACAAAUUCUGGUGUCCAAAAUGGUCAGUGCAAAGCUGAAAACUGUCUGGGAAACAGAAAUCAUUUUAUUUUAGACAGACCAUCUGAGACUCAUGCAGACUAUCUUUUGAGAACUGGACAGGUUGUAGAUAUAUCAGACACCAUAUACCCAAGGAACCCUGCCAUGUGUAGUGAAGAAGCUAGAUUAAAGACAUUUCAGAACUGGCCAGAAUAUGCCCACUUAACCCCAAGCGAGUUAGCUAAUGCUGGGCUCUACUACACAGGUAUUGAUGACCAAGUGCAGUGCUUUUGUUGUGGUGGGAAAUUGAAAAAUUGGGAACCUUGUGAUCGUGCAUGGUCAGAACACAGGCGACACUUUCCUAACUGCUUCUUUGUUUUGGGCCGGAAUGUUAAUAUUCGAAGUGAAUCUGAUGUGAGUUCUGAUAGGAAUUUUUCAAAUUCAACAAAUCCUCCAAGAAAUCCAGCCAUGGCAGAUUAUGAAGCACGGAUCAUAACUUUUGGGAUGUGGAUGUACUCAGUUAACAAGGAGCAGCUUGCAAGAGCUGGAUUUUAUGCCUUAGGUGAAGGUGAUAAAGUAAAGUGCUUUCACUGUGGAGGAGGGCUAACUGAUUGGAAGCCUAGUGAAGACCCUUGGGAACAACAUGCUAAGUGGUAUCCAGGGUGUAAAUAUCUGUUAGAAGAGAAGGGGCAAGAAUAUAUAAACAGCAUUCAUUUAACCCAUUCACUUGAGUCUAUGGGAAGAACUGCUGAAAAAACACCAUCACUAACUAAAAUAAUUGAUGAUACUAUCUUCCAAAAUCCUAUGGCACAUGAAGCUAUACGAAUGGGGUUCAGUUUCAGAGACAUUAAGAAAAUAAUGGAGGAAAAAAUUCAGACAUCUGGGAGCAACUAUAAAUCACUCGAGGUUCUGGUUGCAGAUUUAGUGAGUGCUCAGAAAGACAAUAUGCAAGAUGAAUCAAGUCAGACUUCGCUGCAGAAAGAGAUUAGUACUGAAGAGCAGCUAAGGCUCCUGCAAGAGGAGAAGCUUUGCAAAAUCUGUAUGGAUAGAAAUAUUGCUGUAGUGUUUAUUCCUUGUGGACAUCUGGUCACUUGUAAACAGUGUUCUGAAGCAGUUAAUAAAUGUCCCAUGUGCUACACAGUCAUUACUUUCAAGCAAAAAAUUUUUAUGUCUUAGUCUAACUCUACAGUAGAUGUAUUAUGUUCUUAUUACCCUGAUUGAAUAUGUGAUGUGAACCGACUUUAAAUACAGCAUUGAAUUCCAUUAACAUUUGCUUCCAAGUAGAAGAAAAUGUAAACUGCAGUGUUAGAGUUAGCAAUCUUAGCAAUCUAGAAUUUGAAUUUCUGGAUUUUUCAAAAUAUUAGCUAUGUUAUCUAUCUACCCCAUUUUUUUCCUGUUAUCUCAUUGAAACCCUAGACUAAGAAGCAUCAUAUUUAUUGUAACUGAUCACAAUGUAUAUUUGUUGUACGCUGACUUAGCUUCUAAGUUUAAGUGAGUUAAUCAACUGAACGUUUCAUUCUUUUCAGAUAGGCUUAACAAAUGGAGCAUUCUGUGUAAAUGUAGAGAUUAAUCUCCCCAAUCAUAAUUUGUGUGAAAAAGGAAUGAACAGUUCUACACUGGUAGAAAGACAGAGAUCAUUUUUAGAUGUUUGUGUUUUAGAAUUUUCUUUUAAAAUUAUACACACAUACUUGGGUGGUUAAUUUUAGAAAAUGAUUUUGCUGUUGUUAAAGUAAUUAAUGAUAGAAUGCCAUCUAACCUACAUGUACUGAUAUGGAAAGAUGUCAAAGAUAUGUUAAGUAUAAAACGCAUGUGGCAAAAUACUGUGUAUUGAAUGAGCCAAAUGAAAGUGUAUGCAUUUCGUAUAUGUACAGAACAAAAGAUUUGGAAAUAUAUGCACCAAACUGUUAAAUUUAGUUUCUCUUGAGGGGGGUGAGGGGGGGUCCUAGAGGGACUUUACAGGGGCCUUUCACUUUCUCUUUUUUUUACUUUGUUCUGUUGAAUUUUUUGUAAGUAUGUUACUUUUGUAAUCAGAGUUUUUAGAAAAAUUUUACUGAUUUAAAGGCUUAGGCAUGUUCAAAUGCCUGCAAAACUACUUAUUGCUCAGCUUUAGUUUUUCUAAUCCAAGAAGGCAGGGCAGUUAACCUUUUUGGUGCCAAUGUGAAAUUUAAAUGUCUUUAUGUUUGUCCUGCUUUGUGGGUGAAAAAUAUUUCUGAGUGGUAGUUUUCUGACAGGUAGACCAUGUCUUCUCUUGUUUCAAAAUAAAUAUUCCUGAUUUUGUAAAAUGAAAUAUAAAAUAUGUCUCAGAUCUUCCAAUUAAUUAGUAAGGAUUCAUCCUUAAUCCUUGCUAGUUUAAGCCUGCCUAAGUCACUUUACUAAAAGAUCUUUGUUAACCCAGUAUUUUAAACAUCUGUCAGCUUAUGUAGAUAAAAGUAGAAGCAUGUUUGUACACUGCUCGUAGUUAUAGUGAAAGCUUUCCAUGUUGAGAUUCUCAUAUCAUCUUGUAAAGUUUCAUGUGAGUUUUUACCUGUACGAUGAUUAAGAUGUAUAUAGGACAAAAUGUCAAGUCUCUCCUCUACCUGACUUGUUUUCCUGACUAGUAAUAGUAGUAGGUACUUAUGAAAUAAAUAUUCUCUCAAGAUCCUUAAAAACCUCUUGGAAAUUAUAAAAUAUUGACAAGGAAAGAAUAGUUUUUUCAUUAAAGAGAAAAUGAAAUUUGAAUAAGAAUAUAAAUAAAAAAUGGAAGUUUAAAAUGUUUCAUAGAACACCCAGGCUUUAUAUUACAAAAUUCUCACAACGACCUGUUGUAGAGUUGAGUGAGGUAUUUGCAGAGAAAAGUUUGAGAGUGAAACUGUUAAAAAUUAUAAUUAUCGUUGCAUUUUUCUAAGAGAAAGAGUAUUGUCGUGUUCUAACUUCUGUUUACUACUUUGAUAUUUAAAGCAUUGCAAAUUUAAAUGAGAAUUUUAAAAAAAAUUAAAUAAUGACUGUCAUGCUUUUUAGUCAUAUAGCCAUUAAGUUAAAUUUUACAUGUAUAGUAUAAGAUUUAAAUUUAAAUUACAAGGGGAGAAAAGUGUUAAAGUUUUUUAAAGUGUGUUUUCCAGGACACGUCAGCUCCAAGACAGACAGUUCAGUGUAGCUGUUGGCCAAGGACUGAAUUGUUUUAACAUAAGGCUUUUCCUGUUCUGGGAGCCUCAGUUCAUUAAAACUCUUUCAAAAUUUGUAUGUUUAGAGUUAACCAACACUUUUUUCUCCUCGUGAGUUGUGAAAUCUAAUGCAUGAAGCUGAUGUGACUAACAAGUUUCAGAAUUGUUUAGAAACCCUGUUGCUUUGGGGUCUUAAAUCACUCAGCACUCCAACUUCAAAUUUUUUAAGACUUACCAGUGUUUGUCUGUGUUUACACCAUAAAAAGCACUGGAUCCUUCCCAUCUAAUUGUGCAAAAAAUGAUCACUUGCAAGGUAAAAAAUAUAACCAGAUCCAACUCUGUGCUUCUCCCCUUCCCAGAAUAGUUCUCAGGAUCUACAUGGAGACAUUCCUUUUCUGUAUAAAGUUCACUCUGAUAUUUCAAAGUCACCACCUAUUGCAUUUUAGUCACGUGAAGAGUCAAUUUGUUUCGUAAUAGUUAUCUUUAUUUGUAAUAAUUUGGUGUACUGAUCAAAAGUCUUGUCUUAAUGUUAGAGAAAUGGGUUUAAUGUGUUUGUAAAUUCCAGUUUUUUAAUUAAUGAAUUUGUAUUGCCUUUCCUGCUAGAUUUGUUGUUUGUUUUUGCUAUUUUUCCCUUUAGUUAGGGGCUAAGAUGGGGUAGGGUAGGUGUUUAUGUGAUUUGGCUCUGUGUAUUAUGAUCUUUUGUUGUUUUAUUAUAAUAGCUAAAUUUUGGUAGUUUUUUUUUUUCUUGUUUUCAUUUCACUGGAUAAAAUUGGUAUUUUGAACUCUGUGAAUGGGAAACUACCACCACAGCAUUAGUUGCAUGUAUUGUACCCUUUAGAUCCAAUUCAUUUUAUUUCCUGAUUACCCAUAUGUUGAAUAUGGGGGAAAGGGGCGGAGGUGUGGAAGAAGUGGGAUUUCUUGUAUAUCAUUUCCAUUGGAGAAAUAAAAAAACUGAAGGGAAUAUUUGACAGAUGUAGAUCCUUUUAGUGAAAUUUGCUUUAAAAAAAAAAAGUAGCCAUUUCUUCAUCUGUGAAAUGAGAAUAGUACCUAUCUUACAGUUAUGAGAGUUCAAAGAGAACCAAGUGUGUAAAAUAUCUGUUAUAAAUGUUAAUUCCCUUCCUAACACUGUUAGCCUCCAGGUUUGCCUUGACUCUGGAAAUUUGGGCUAAAACUUACAUGGUAAUCUUUCAGUGACUCUGCCUCAUCUUUUUUGAUGUUUCUCAUAGUUAAGAUGUAAAUUAUAAUAAAUAGGUCAAGUCCUUAAAAAUUUAAAUUUCUUUCUUAAAACUUGAAAAAGUUAUUCUUUAAUUCAACUUUCCUAAUAGAAACAAUUGGCUUAUUCCCACCUUCAUAGUCAGUUUCAGUUUGACUUAUAUACCUUAACACAAUGAAUUUCAUUUGCAGCAUAAUAGAAUUAUAGGGGGUCAAAGCUAGAAGUGACCUUAGAGAGUAUCUAAUUCAUCCCCCUUGUUUUACAGAUGAGGCAACUGAGGCUAAGAGGGGAAGUUGUUUGUUUAAAGCUAUAUAGCUAAUUGGUGGCAUCCCAGACUGGGACAUAGUUUGACGGUGAAACACUUCGAGCUACCUCUCCUGGGAGGUCUCAAAUGUUAUUUUUUCAGCUAUUCUUUCUUCUGUAUCAUAAUUUUCACUACAUAUUAAAUUACACUUUAAUACAGUAGGACAAUCAAAUACAUAUAUCUUCAAAUUGUACAAUACAUUAAUGUUUGGGUGGUAAGAUUCUACUUUGAAGUCUAAAGUUUGCAGAUAUGUGUAUAGAUUUUUUGGCAUUUACUGUAUCCUUAUUCUGUAUCACUAAUGUAACAUGUAAAAUUACUUUAAAUAUAUUUUGUCUAUACUUAGUUACAAAUUUGCAUUUUUGAUUUGAUAUAACAAAGGCGUUAAUGUAAUUUUUGUUAGAGUUUUGUAUCUUUUCAUUAUUGUUAUACUUUAUCUAACCUGACAGAAUGACUGAUUUAAUCAUGUGAAAUGUUUUGAGAUAACUAUAUUUGUGAAUAUAAUUUUGUUUCUUUCAUUUAGUAGAAACCUUUCCAUCAAUAUGGACAACUAAGAAAAAUUACUUUCCACUGCAUAAUCUGGCAGUUAUAAAGCUUAUUUUUCUGUGAAUAAGACUUAUUCAAUAAAGUACUAUUCUUUAAAAUGA